GACUCCAGAACCAAGGCCCCGUCAGGAUUUGUUGCCUUUCCUUUCCUGCUUCUCCCGCUCUAUUUAUAUAAUUAUAUCUAACAAAAUAACAAUAUAUUGAGGCCUAUCUCAAAGGAAAUUUUUGGUUGGAGGAGAUGAGCGCGUCAGCGUUUGCACCCUGGUCUUGCUGUCUCAAGAAGCUAGGCACACCCAGAAGAAGAAGAGACCUCGACACGACAGAACCAACAACAGUAACAAUCUCAACCCAUCGCCGCCAUGACAGACCCCCUCGCCCUCUGCAACAGAAAGAAAGCUCCAGGUUGUCAAGAAGACUAGUAAUCGAACUCGGCUUCUGCUUGGGACUAGUCGAUGCUUUUAUUCAGCAACCACGAGAAGGGUUCGCAGCAGAAUCACAGUGCGAACUCACACUUGCUCCUUCGGGCCUCGCCUAUUGCGAUAGAGUAGUUGGGACUGGUCCAGAAGCCACCAAAGGCCAGCUCAUCAAGGCACAUUACGUAGGAAAAUUGGAAAAUGGGAAGGUUUUUGAUAGCAGCUAUAACCGUGGGAAGCCGCUUACUUUUCGAGUAGGUGUUGGUGAGGUCAUCAAGGGGUGGGACCAAGGCAUUCUAGGUGGUGAUGGAAUUCCUCCCAUGUUUGCAGGAGGGAAACGCACGUUAAAACUUCCUCCAGAACUUGGAUAUGGCAUGAGAGGAGCAGGGUGCAAAGGAGGUUCCUGUAUCAUUCCUCCAGACUCAAUUCUUUUGUUUGAUGUGGAAUUCAUUGGCAAGGCAUGAAAGGAGAUUAUCUGGAUCCAGGAUUCUUGGAUUGACCUAGUUAUUCCAAAACAGCCCCCUUCCCUGUGUUUGUGUAACAAACGUAUAGAACUUUACAUACAAGUUGAUAGCUUGUAUUGCUACAACGUUAUAUUAAGGAAAAAGGCGUAAAAAUAAGACCGGAAAUUAAGUGGAAAGCAAUGGAAAAAUAGCCUCUACAAUGCUACUCAAUUAGCAGUUA